ACCAUCUCUGGUCAUCAGGUCUUCAACAUUUACUAUGAGUAUGACUACGAACAUAAGACAGACUUCAGUGGAACACAAUAUCGCUAUUGUUCUAAAGAGACAAUCAUCUGUGGAGGCCCAUACCUCUUUUGGCACCAAAAGAAAAUUAGUCAUGUCAAAGUCUGCAAAUGAAAUGACAUCGGAGAAUGUCACAAUGAAGCGACAUAAUGUUAAAAGACAAAAUUCGACUGGAAGUAUAUCCAGCGUAACUACCAGGAAACACGACUCUGUUGAAACUCCGACAACGUCGAUGGCGUCCGUCCGUCGGAAAGACUCGUACACUGUUCGGACAGACAGACGAAAUCCAGAUAUACUCACCUGUCGUGUUUGUCAAUUUCAGAUGACCAUCAACUCACAACGAUUGUUCGAGAUCCAGGAGAGACUGGAGAAACUACUAACAGAGAAGAAAGUCCUCAACUCCAAGAUAGUUGCUGAAUCGUUUAGAAAUUUUCAGGCGCAAGUUAUAAAGAUUCGAAAUAGACAGCCUGCUGACAUCAAACCGGCAAUACGUCGCCUCGAAUCUUCCUUGAAAAGUGAAGGAGCCUACAAAAAUGUGAAAUCCGGAUUCGAGGGGAUAAAAUUAGAGAUAACUGAGGUCGUCGAUAGAUCCGAGUAUGUCACAGACAAGCCAUCGACAAUUCUCACAUCACCCACUAAAGUCCCUGUCAAAUCGCGGGAUUCAUCACAGACGAAUUCACCACAAGCCAGUAAAAAGCCAAUUCCAAGAGCAACAACCGUGACAUUGUCCCAACAGAAGGACCGCGGCAAGCGCCAUGCUAUGCCAAGUAUACAGCGGCCGGUAAUUAAGGAGGAGGCGAGCAGCCUAUCACCUAGAACAACACAAACCAAAACGCCUGCACUGGAAACAAAAGACAAGGAUGGUAGAGUGGUGAACCAUCAAGACAUUCUAUCGCUUAACAAAACCAUAUCCAAACUGUUCAGCCAUCUUGCCAUUGAUAAACCGGGUGUAACAGACCCUGCUGCGGCCAAAGGUCAGCAACCACCUAAGACGCAACAGAAGACGACAUCGAGCAGCCAGGCUAUUUCAGUCGCUGGCAAAGUACAAAAAGGAAGUUCUAAACGUGAUGUCGAUGAUAUACAGGAACUCAUUAACAAACUAAAACUCUUCGAACAUGAGCUUCAACGAAAACGGACAGUAGAACACGAUGAAAUACAAACGCUACAGUCAGAACUCCAAAAGCUGAAAUCUCAACUGAAGGACCAGCACGGACAGUUACAACGCAUUCGGGGAACACACAUGAUAGCCAACAAGGCUAAAGGGAAACAUGUAGAACUACUGGAGGAGAGGCAUAUGACUGAAAAGAAAGACAUAGAGGAGAAACUCCAGGCACUUGAGAAAAAUAUCAAAAGGAAUCUCGAGGUGACGAGGGAAAACGAUCAAAUCGAAGAGACCAAGCAGGAACUUUAUAAACUUAAAUUAGAAAUUGAGAAGCUCCAUAGGCUUGCUGAUCCGACGGUAACAGCACACGACGAAUUCGCCUCCCGGAAAGGUCGGACAAGGUUGAGGAUAUCUGAUGAUGACCCUAGCUACGAAAUAGGCGAAAUGUUACACAAAAUGGCUGUUAUUCGCAACGAAAUGCAAGGAUUGAGGGAUUCUAAAGCGGCACUUCAAAGGCACGUGAAGGAGCUAGAUGGCUGGGAAUCGAGGUUUGGAGACAUUGAAAAAGAGUUAGAGACAUUUCAUCACGAUGCACUCUCCGACUUGUCAGCCAUGGAGAGGGAGUCUGAUUUGACAGGAGGAAAUGACGGUAUACGGAGACAAUUGGCACAGGAGCCGAGCUCCACCUCACCACCAUCAAAAACAAAACUGAAGAAGUUACAUACUCUAUAUCUAAAUAAAAGGAGAAAGCUAGAAGAUACCGAGAAAUCACUUCGACAGUCGCACCAGGAACUCGACCUUACCAAAGCUCGUCUUUUGAAACUGAUAGACUCGGUGGAUAGGGUGUAUAGUGACAGCAGCGCCUUCCCCGACACUUCAUUCUCACCCAGAGAUCGCGGCAGGGGUGGAAUGGAGUUAUCGUCCCUGUCAGAUAAAUCAGAACAAGAUGAUGAAUCAAAAUUGUUUGAUAUUGCUAUGGUACGAGUCAAUGAUUUCGCUGUGAGAACGAAAAAAUACGAAAGCUUGCUACAGCAAAACGGCAAAGGCAUGAAGGAUUAUGAAAACGAUUUGAAAGUCUUCCAAAGGCACGUCGAUCGCCUCCAUGAGGGAGUAGCGUCCACUUGGAGCAUCAGUUUGUCCGACCCCGACACACUUGAAUUCGCGGACGUUAACACAGUUUCUGAAUCUAACCGGGGCGUCGUUAGGAAGAUCAUCAGAGUUGACAAGGGACUGCGGUUUGCGUUAGAUGAGCACAAUAAGCUGAGAACUCAACUCAAAGAGUUUCAGAAGAGCGACAAGGUUCUGACUGAUGUUGUCAUGGAAACGGAGGAAUUAUGUCGUUAUCUCCAGGUCGCUGUCAAGGACAGUGACGAGGCUGGCGUGAAGGUAAAAUCCAAUCUGACAGAAUGUCGCAUCGCGCUCAGGAAACUAAAAGAUCAAGACUCGGAAAGAUUAAGGGGUAUAGAGGAAUUACGUAAAGACUCCAAUAAACUAAUGGCGGAGGUGCACAAGUUGUAUCUGUUCACGGAUUACGGCAUAGAAUCUCUGGAAUCACAAGAGGACACAGAGACAGAUUCGCCUGAUAAAAGACAUGUUAGUAAAUUCCAUGAAGCCACAAAACAACUAGUGGUCAUUCACGAGCGAUUCAACGUUAUACGUAGUAUGAAGGCAGCGCUACAAAUCGCACUCAAUGACUUAGAGAAACACGCCUCAUCGUCUCAAUCCGAUGCUAAAGACCAGAUGAUGAAGUUAAAUAUGCAAAUCACAGUACGAGAACAAGAGUUGAAAGACCAGCACUCAGAGGUCAAAAGAUUACGUGACGAAGCCGACCAUGACAAGACAGAAAUAUCCCGUCUACAACUGGAAGUGAAUGACCGCUUUAAGUCUACAUUGUCUGUGGCAGAUGAGGAAAAAGUCUAUCUUAGAAACAAGAUCGACGAUGUUCAGAGAAGACUGGAUAUUGCAGAGAAAAAUCUAAAUGAGGCAAUGAAGGAAAAGUACAACCUGUUGACGAGGUUGAGUGUUAUGGCCGGUGCCAGACUUACGGACGACAACCCUGCAAUACUUGACCUCAGCGACCCGUUUAGACCAACUAAAUUGGCAGAGAUGUUUUCAGGACUGUAUGAUGAUGAAUGGACAAACGCUUACGAGACCUUGAUUAACCAGUUUUCUCUAGAAGAGACUGAAGCAAUUCAACAACUUCUCUCUGUUGUCAUGAGAAGUUUCACAUUCUGUGAUGUGACUGCUUGGAGCCAGAUGACAGACCUCCAUAGGGUUCUAUUUAUGUUGCAUCAAUCCGAGUCAUCUCCAGCUAAAUUGGAGGAAAAAACACAACUCUUGUCAGCGGAAGACCGGAAACAGAUUAGGGACAUCCGGAAGUGGUGCGCACCCCAGGCGGCCGACACAGUUGUACAGCUUUUUAUCAAUGGUGACACAGACACAAAAUGGACGAAACAACAAGUCGAUGCUUGUGAGCCAUAUAUUAACAAAUGUGUAACUUUGAGCUGGCUAAUGAACGUGCAAAGUCCGCCUGUGCAUAUGGCGAAUGAAGUUGAAUCAGGUGAUCCGUUUGACGGCAAUAAACACAAACAUUACACUAAUACAGGCACAGUGGUUGACUUUGUGGUGUGGCCGACACUUCACCUCACCAAACAAGGAGCAGUUCUUAGUAAGGGCGUUGUGCAGACGAGGCGUCAACAAGAAUAGACUUCCACAUCAUAUCGAGUUCGGUCAGUGGGAAAGACAUUUCGCAUCCAACAAAGUGUGGUCCAUUGUACACGCGCCUUGCGGACUUGAUGAAAACUGGAAUAGACCUUCCAUAUGAUACAACAAUGUCCAAUCUUAAGAUUGUGUACACCAAACGCAUACUAGACUACUGGCCGUCUUACAAACAAUGAGCGGUCUUUUGUACAAGCGUCGUGCAGACAAAUUGAAAUUAAGACUUUCCACAAAGGAAGCUCUAAUGAGAUUAAAUCAAUAUAUAUAUAUAUAAGUAUAUAGUGCCAUGUGAAUCAAUUAUCUAUGCACAGGUAUGUCGAUAAUUACUCAUGAACAACGUUAACAUUACAACAAAAUACUCGAAGUUUUUUUUCCCAAUCUCUUUGCGUGAAGAUGAAAUAUAACCUACGCAAUGCUUCGAUAGUAUGUUUGGUAGUAUGUGUGUUCUAGACGAGCGAAUAAUGAAUUCAUAUAUCAACGUAGAAAAUUAACGGGCAAACCGUGAACAUGCCUACCACUACAUUAGUAGUGCUGAGAUAGUGUAUAACUAUAUGUUGACUCGCUUGGCUUAUCAGUCAAUUAUAAACAUAUCAAAAUUAAUCAAUAUCAAAUCACAAAACAUCUACACAUGUACUAUAGUAAUUUCUAAUUAUAUUUCAUUUAUUGUUGAGAUUUUAUUACAAUGGUUCAUCUGAGAUGUUCAUGUUUCGUUACCUUUAAGGAAAACGAUAGUUUCUGGCCUCUGGUAGUUUCAUGUGUUUAACAACAUAUAACAGGGUUUUUUAUACCAGACAAACGCCAUCCUUCUUACUUCAAUUGAACCUUGAAGAACCAAAACAUACGUGACGAUUAGAAUAUGUGUACUCUCUUCUGUCCUGUAUUUGACGAUUUUGAUUGUCCAUUAUGGAAAAAUCGAAUACAUGGUGCUGACAGAUUGAUUCUUUACUUUAAUUGAUGAUAGAUUUACAUUCCAUUUCUACGUAUUGUUACCGAGCCUCCGUUUCCUAAACCGCAUGCUACGUUUUAUCACAAUUAUCCAUGGGUUCAUUGCUUUCUCAGGCAAUAAGAUCAAAUGGCAAUAGUUUACCUAUUUUUGACUUUUUCGUUUUGUGACGUUGCAAUGCAUUGGGCGUCAUGACAUUGCUAUGUCACAAUUGAAAUAAAGAUUACCUACAUAUUAUACAUGUAACACGUUCUUUAUGCAUUUUGAAAUUGAUCCAAACAAAACAGUUUAUGCAAUUACAUUACAGUACAUUAGGAUUGUUAUAUUAUUGAAUAGCGUACAAUGCGUGUUCGAUUUGUGGUAUUAAAAUCCAUACGCUAAGCCAAAAAAGCCAAUGGCAUACUCUUUUUUUCCGGUAGUAGUCCAAUAGAUAAUAAUGUAUUUGGUCGCAUCAUAUAAUCACUACUUAUUUUUACUUCUACGAAAAAAAUGUUGUUUAUUUUUUUUCAAUAUUGUCAUUUUCACAUAUUCCGUCCAGCCAUUUAAUAUGUCUUUCAUGUCAAUAAAAACUGUUAAUGUUACUGCUAUUUGCUGCUUGUUUGUUUAGAGUUUAAAAUGUUACCGUUUACCGUUACUCUAUUCGAGUUUGACGAAGUUACAUUUAGCCAGGCUAAUUUGAAAGACUAAACUAUAUAGAUUGAUAAUGUCACAUUUAGUCAGGUUAGUUUGUAAAUCUAUAAUAAUGUUCUAAUGUCCCAUUUAGCCAGGAUAAUUUGUACCACGAUACCAGUUACAAAAGAAUGCUAACUGACUGCUUAUCUUUAUCAUAAAUGAAACAAAGCAAAUUAUCUCCGAUAAAUAAAAUGAAAAUUACUUUUCAAUUGACAAUACUAUCGUGAUUUGGCCGUUACUACUUUUUCGAGGCUAAACAUGAAAUCUAUAAUAAAGGAACAGAUACCAUGUUUAUAGUUUUCCGUUGGAAGUUAUAUUUAAACGUUUUAUUGUACCACACAUUGUAAAACAAAAUGAUUUUAUUCUUACUUGUAUUUUAUGAUUCGUGUGUGUGUGUGUGUGUGUGUGUGUGUGUGUGUGUGUGUGUGUGUGUCAUCGCAGUGGAUAUAUGAUAUUUGCACCAUGUGAGGUCAGGACCUCACAAAAAUAUUAGAGUCAAGUCAAUGUUAUGUGUUAAAACCGCACUUUAUUCUGUACAAAAUGUGAUGCAUUUUUUUCUGACGAAUGCGUUUCGACUAAUCAUCGAGGAUACAACAAAAUAAUUUAAAGUAACAGCUAUAUUCCCUCCUAUGUCACAUACAUUCUAACUUAUAAUCAUAGUAAACAAACACGAAUUGUGAUGUAUCUGUUCUGAUCAUACGCCCCUGAUCACGGAGAUUUCAAUAGAUUUCACAUGAGUCAAAAUUAUGCCAUAAAGUUACGCAUAUAUUAAAAAUGUGUGCGAUAUGUAUGGUUCUGUAUAACUAAAAAUAUUCUGUGGACAAUUUCUUGUUGAACAUAAUUUUAUAGAAGUUUGUGACUAUAUAUUCACGCCUGUUAUUUGUUGCUUUUGAUCAUAACGGGUAUUUUUGAGAUAAGGAUUUGUCUUUUCGCAUAUGUUUGUCAGUGUCAUGUCGAAGAUCACUGUAAAACUGACAACCUUGACCUAGCUAAAUAACGUCUAACACAGAGUAGAUAAAUUGAUAACGAAUUAUUGUAAUGAAAUGCUUUAAUUUCACUAACACAGUGCACAAUGCAUAUCACUCUCGACAUCAUAUUAUAUAGGACAAAGUUACAAAGGGCCAUAACUCUUAGACUUUUGAAGCAAAAUGAACAACUUUAUUUUAUGCAUGUACAUAUAUAGAAAGUUGGAUACUAGUAGCGGUCAACAGAAAUGAUGUAAUGUACUAUGACUCGAAGGGUCAGUUUGAUACGUCCCUACUGUCGUUAGAUUGAGCUUUCUGUCGCAAUUUAACUUAAAUUUUACAUCAAAUUAAUAUCUACAUUUUUGUAUGCUCGAUUUAAAUGUUCGACGCAACCUGUUGUCACGUGCAUAUUCUUAAAACCAAUAGUGCAUGGACAUAAUUCAAAUAAAAUAAAAUGUGAGUUAAUCACCA